CAGACAGACAAAGUGGCAUGAAGUUCAGGAGAAAUGAGUCUCAGAAAGAGGUUGUCUUUUAGAAAACACAAGCGAAUGUCUGCGGCAGUCUCAGGUGUUGGCCUCAAGGGUGGCACCAGUGAGACGAGCUUGGCCAGCAGUGCAAGCCUGCCCAAUGGACCUGGCCUGCGGCAGCACCACCACGACCAGAAUGUGGCCAGCUGGGCCACUGGGUUUGAACGCCUCCUGCAAGACCCAGAGGGUGUCCACUGCUUCUCUGAAUUUCUGAAGAAAGAAUUUAGUGAGGAGAAUAUCUUAUUCUGGCAAGCCUGUGAGUCGUUCAGCCAUGUCCCUGAGAACGAUAAGAAACAGCUGUCCCAGAAGGCAUGCGAGAUCUACAACAACUUCCUGUCCAGCCGGGCCACCACUCCUGUCAACAUUGAUCGUCAGGCUCAGCUGGCGGAUGAUGUGCUCAACGCCCCGCGGCCAGACAUGUUCCAGGAGCCACAACUCCAGAUCUUUAACCUGAUGAAGUUUGACAGCUACGCCCGCUUCCUCAGAUCUUCCAUGUACCAGGAGUGCAUGCUGGCUGAAGUAGAAGGUCAUCCCUUGUCCAGCAUCCACCGUGCUUCAGGCAGCCCUGAGCAGCCAAACCUUGUCACGCCCAGAAAGGAAGCAAAGAAGGUGAACCCUGUGAAAGGGAAAACCCAGGAGUGCAAAGAGGAGCAUGCUGAAAAGAAGAGGGGCAUCUUCUCCUUACGGAACCGAAACACCAGCUUCGGGAAGGGUCCCAAAAAGUCAGACAUGGGGGACAGCAGCCAUGAUGUCCCCAGCAGCAAUGGCAGACGGGAGUCACGGGGGUCUCUGUCUUCGAGUGCAAGUCUGGAGCUGGGCUCUGGCAGCUCUGCCGGAAGGGUUGAGGGUGACUCUCGGACCCCUGUGGCCACGUGUGAGAAAGAGAAGGUGCCGGCAUCCUGCGCUGUCAGCCUACCGGAUGGCUCUCGCUUCCACCUGCCCAUCCGUCCAGGCCUGUCCAUCCGGGAGCUGCUUCUGGGGCUCUGUGAGAAGCGCUGCAUUAACCUGGCAGCUGUGGACCUCUUCUUGGCUGGGGGAGAGAAGCCUCUUGUUCUUGACCAAGACUGUGUGACCUUGAGCUCCCGGGAUUUGAGAUUAGAAAAACGCACUUUGUUUAGAUUAGACCUUGUCCCAAUUAAUCGAUCUGUUGGGCUGAAGGCAAAACCCACAAAACCCAUCACUGAGGUUUUACGACCUGUCGUGGCAAAGUAUGGCCUCCGUUUAAAUGACCUGGAAGCCAGAAUUAGCGGGGAUGGAGAGCUGCUGGACCUGGGCCGACCCAUAUCAUGCUUGGAUGGACUGCGGGUAGUGCUUGAUGUGGCACGCCAUCCUUCUAGAAGAGAUCUCUCAGCUCGCCGUGCUCCACCACUGAUGGCGAGGAGUCGAUCCACUGCGGGGGAUGAAAAAGCUGUGAAUGUGAGAGGGGGAAAUGGCUCAGCUGCCAAACUGGGGGAAAAGAGCAAGCAGAAAAAGAUUAAUAUAGAUGAAGCCGAAGAAUUCUUUGAGCUUCUGUCCAAGGCCCAGAGCAGCCGUGCCGACGACCAGCGGGGCCUGCUGAGCAAACAGAAUUUGGUUCUGCCUGACUUCCUGCGGCUUUCUUCUGAGCCAACACCCUCACCUGCCGCGCCUGCCUGCUCCACUCCCACAUCCCGCCGGAACACCUUGAGUGCCAGCCGCCAGUCUCAGAGUCUAGACUCCGCCCUCCUUCUGUCUGGCCGUGCCCCCAGCAGCACUGCACGGCCUGUGAAGAGCAGCAGUCCGCCUGACGAAGGCGGCUGCGCCCCUUUCCCCACCUCUCUCUCCCCCAUCCGGACGGUGGAGGAGGAGAAUGUGGCGGACUUGACGCUGGUAGGCGAGGGGAACAUGUCAAGCCCCAACAGCACGCUGCUGCCCCCGUCCCCUGUGUCCCCCCCACCACGCCAGGAGGACGUGCAGCAUGGCUCAGGUGUGGCACAGAGGGGAGCAGAAAGGGCGACCACAACCCACCCCCAGAGGGCACUCUCCCCACUCCCUGCCUGGAGGGCAAUCGAUGUAGACGGGGUUCAGCUGGAGGAGGCAUUGGGCGAGAGCUCGGAGCUCAACCUGAGCCUCGAGGGGCUCGUGGCCGAGCUGCGGGGGUACCGGGGCAGAACAAGGGUGGGUGUGUAUGCGGGCUCUGACCUGCCUUCCCUCCUGGCCACCAGCACCGAGGACGGCUCAGCCAGCGAGCACGGAUGCAGACCCACCUUCGUGUGAGGUGCUUCGGCAUGUAUCGGUGCCUUGUGCUGCCCCUAGUGGCUGGAGGUGGAAAUGCGUGUACAAACACAUCGACAAACUGUACAUUCUCACUCUGAAAACGCAAGAAAGUUCUAGACUCCUUUUCUUCCAAACUGUUGUUGAGGUUUUGUGUCAACAGAAAAGUGUAAGGUAUUGCCUACAUUGUUAAAGGCUAGGCUGUGCUCUCUUAAAUGUAAAGACUAAUAAACAUGGUACAUUUAUGUUCAUAUUGCAUCCAUAAAACUGGGUUGUUAGACCACCGUGCAGUUCAGACUUGUGAUGACACUGUUCAGACUCUGUGGUGAGUGGGCGUGGAAACAGUGUGAUACGUAUGACCCG